AUGACAAGGUGGGUGCCUCCUCUCGGUCUCAGGUUUUCACUUCCUCUGCUGCUGCUGCUGCUGGCGGCGGCAGUGAUUGCUCCCGUCCAUGCCUAUGGCAAGCUUAAGGUCGGGUUCUACAGGCAAUCGUGCCCCGACGCCGAGGCCAUUGUUCGCAGGAUCGUCACCAUGGCUGUGGAAGAUGACCUAACAGUCACCGCGCCGCUGCUAAGGCUCCACUUCCAUGAUUGCUUCGUCAGGGGUUGCGAUGGAUCGGUGCUGCUCAACUCAACCAAGAACAACAUCGCGGAGAGGGACGCCAAGCCGAACCUCACCCUGGACGCCUUCAACGUGAUCGAUGCCAUCAAGGAGAAGCUGGAGGAGAAGUGCCCGGGCACCGUCUCCUGCGCGGACAUCCUCGCCGUCGCUGCCAGAGACGCAGUCUCGCUGGCUACCAAGGUGGUGACCAAGGGAGAAUGGAGCGAGGGCGGCAGCUUGUACAAGGUGGAGACCGGCCGGCGAGACGGCCGCGUGUCGAGCGCCAAGGAGGCGGCGGAGGAGUUGCCGGAUUCCUUUGAUGAAAUCCAGAAGCUCAUCAAGAGGUUUAAGUCCAAGGGCCUUGGACUCAAGGAUCUUGUUGUUCUGUCAGGUGCCCACGCGCUAGGGAAUUCACACUGCCCAUCUUUAGAGAAGAGGCUACGUAAUUUCACGGCUGAAGAUGACAUGGACCCUACCCUGGACAAGGCGUACGCGGCAACACUAAAGCAACAGUGCACUAGUCCCGAUGACAACGUGACUGAGGUGCAAAUGGUGCCCGGUCGCUCGACGACUUUCGACUCGACCUACUACCGCCUCGUCAAAGAGAACAAGGGCCUUUUCCACUCUGACGAGGCCUUGCUGAGUAAUGGUGCUACAAAAAUGCUCGUGUACGGUUACAUGAGCUCGGAGAAGAGAUUCCUUAAGGACUUUGGUGUAUCUAUGGUGAACAUGGGGAGGGCUGACGUGCUCGCCGGCAGCGAGGGGGAGAUCAGGAGGACAUGUGCCGUUCUCAACUAA